CUUUUGUGAUUAUAGAUACGAACUCGAGCCAUUUCUGCCAAAGGAAUGACUCUUGUCAGUCCUCUUCAGCUUAUUCUGUUCGGCUCAAAGAAGAUCACCUCCAAUGGAGAAGUUGUUGAGCUUGAUGACUGGAUCAAAUUGAAGAUUCCCCAUGAUGUAGCCGGUGGUGUAGCGGCCCUGAGGGCAGUGAUGGAAGCCCUGGUGGUGGAGAUGACCAAAGACCCAGAAUACAUCAGAAAUUUGGAUCCCACCAAUGAGCGCUUGCUGAACGUCAUUCGGCUUGUCUAGACCCUCAUCAGCGGGCAUCAACCUCAUGGCCUCCAACCCACGCUUUGGAGAUGGUCCUCGUCCACCCAAGAUGGCACGUACUGACUUUGGAGGGGGCGGAGAGUUCAGGGGCCGUGGAGGAGGAUACAGAGGUGGUGGUGGUGGUGGAUCCUGGUCUGGUGGAGGAUAUAGAGGCGGUGGAGGAUACCAGGGUGGUGGAGGGUCUGGAGGGUAUUGUGGAGGUGGGGGUGGAUACAGGGGGUCUAGUGGAUACAGAGGAUCUAAUGGGGGUGGAGGUGGAGAAGGAGGAUAUGGAGGGAGGGGAUUCAGAGGUGGCUGGGGGGCAAACGGGUGGUUAUUAAAUCCAAACAUCUGA